UGAAAGCCAUUGGAGUGACGAAGAAGUGGGUGGUUAAAAACCCGUUGACGCAUUAAAGAAGAAAUUCGCGGGAAGGCUCAUCACUCCCGCUCAAUACCCAGUUGCAGACUUGCAGUGAGGUAGUCUCCAUUAGAGUGCUUCAUCAUGGCUCUUCAAUCUACCUUUUUUCCCUACUCUUACAAACUUUGUUCUAGAAAAACGCCCUUAUCCCCAUUCUCAACCACCCGUUUCUUCUCAAUUUGCAAUGCUCCAAUCUGCACUGGUUCUGGCACGUUGAAGCUAUCAACACCCAGGUUGGGAAGAGUUGUUUCUGCUGUAGUUUCUGAUAGAGAUGCAGUGGGUUCGAGUUUUUCUGGUACUGAUGUGUUUAAACUCACUUACUUGGAGGGAAAUAGUUGGUUGUGGGAUGUUGGUGGGCUGAACAUUUUGGUUGAUCCAAUCUUGGUGGGCAACUUGGACUUUGGAAUUCCAUGGCUUUAUGAUGCUGCCAAGAAGUUCUUGAAGAAUUUCCAGCUUAGUGAACUUCCUGAAGUUAAUUGCUUACUGAUUACACAAAAUUUCGAUGAUCACUGCCAUUUGAAGACCUUAAAACCCCUCUCUGCAAUGUACCCAGAUCUCAGAGUUAUAUCAACCCCCAAUGCUAGGGAAAUGUUGGAUCCCCUUUUUAGCAAUGUCACGUAUCUGGAACCUGGUCAGAGCUCAAAUAUUGAAGCAGGAAAUGGUUCUAAAGUUCGAAUUCAGGCUACUGCAGGGCCAGUUCUUGGCCCUCCUUGGCAGCGCCCUGAGAAUGGGUAUCUUGUCAUUUCUCCACAAGGCUUGUUACGUCUUUACUAUGAACCCCACUGUGUAUACAACAAGAGUCUUCUGGAGAAGGAACAUGCUGACAUUGUCAUUACACCAGUUAUAAAACAGCUUCUCCCCAACUUUACUUUGGUUUCAGGACAAGAAGAUGCAGUUAAACUUGCAAAGCUGCUCCAUGCCAAGUUUAUCGUGCCAAUGAAAAAUGGAGAUCUUGAUAGCAAAGGGCUUCUUGCAAGUAUAGUUCAGUCUGAAGGGACAGUCGAAUCAUUCAAGGAACUUUUGUACAAGGAACUACCAGAUGCUCAGAUAUUAGAGCCAACCCCUGGUGUACCAUUAGAAAUUUCACCUCCUUCGGAUCUUCCAUAGUGCAUUGUAGCCUAAGCACCAACACGGAUAUAUCUGUAGUUCAGUUAGUUGAUUGAAGAUCUGUUUGUUUUACAUAGUAUUAUUUGAUUAUUUACUUUUGGCCAAAAAUAAUAAACAAUAUGAGCUGAUAGAAUCAGGAGCCCCUAAAUAUCAAGUAGACUCA